GGAGUAGCUGAAGCUGGACUCAGUACUUGGUCCUGGUUACUUGUACCGACGCCCUGGCGCAUCGUCGAUCCAAACGUGUUUUCUUUCGACUUAUCUCGGCGUCUGCUAUCACCUCGCUUCAAACCUCAUCCUGGGCACGUCGCGAUCAGCGCUCUCCCCCGCCGAAACUACCUUCCAAGGGAUAAAGAUCGAUAAUAUUCUCAUUCUGCGCGAAGAGAAGAGCCAUGUCUUCCUUCAUCACCACCAUCAAUGCGCGAACGCGAGCCCCCUUCAAGCCCCGCUCUGCGGCCAAGGGCACCAGCAGUUACCAGCUGAGACAGUUCGCCGAGGCCACCUUGGGCAGCGGCAGUCUGCGUAAGGCUGUGAAGUUGCCCGAGGGCGAGGAUUUGAACGAGUGGCUUGCGGUGAAUGUUGUCGAUUUUUACAACCAGAUUAAUCUCCUCUACGGCUCCAUAACCGAAUUCUGCUCCCCGCAAUCAUGUCCCGAGAUGAAGGCUACGGAUGAGUUCGAGUACCUCUGGCAAGAUUCUGAGAACUUCAAGCGGCCCACCAAGAUGUCCGCCCCCGAAUAUAUCGAACACCUCAUGACUUGGGUACAGAGCAAUGUCGACAAUGAACAGAUGUUCCCCAGUCGCAUCGGCGUUCCUUUCCCCAAAACCUUUCCCAGUCUCCUCCGACAAAUCUUCAAGCGUCUGUACCGAGUCUACGCACACAUCUACUGCCACCACUACCCAGUCGUGGUACAUCUCGGUCUCGAACCGCAUCUGAACACUAGCUUCAAGCAUUACGUCCUAUUUAUCGACGAGCACAAAUUGGCGAGUGGGAAGGACUACUGGGGGCCUUUGGGUGAUCUGGUGGACAGUAUGCUGCGCAGUGACUAGACUUUGAGUGGGUGGGAGAGGGAUUGGGCACACUGUGCAUGAGAAGCCCGUUCAUGGUUGAUCUUGAAGACCGGAGUUCUUGUGGAGAUGCGACCAAUCGGGUUCUCGACGGCGUUCCGGGCGUGGUGCAUGCAUUAGUAGAUUCGAUAUGUGGUUAUGGGUUUGUCCUGGCGUUUUUAUCAUUGUGUGGUAUGGAGAAUUGAGACAUUGACGAUCCGGUAUUUUGGAGGUCAUUCGUAGUUGGAGCGAUCAUGUGGUAGAAUGAGCGAGAUGAGGGGGUGGGAAGGCACAUCAUUAUUGUCGUAUCAAUGACCGUGUCCAGGCGGAACUCCACGUUGAGCGGUCGCAUGAAGUCAAUUCCAGCCCUCACAAUGAGUAGCAGACUGAAUAGCUAGGACCAUGUGUUGCAGCGCAUAACUUAACGAGCUCC